AGAUGCAGGUGAAGAAGAUCAACUGGGAAGCGAGGACCAUCUCUUCCAGAAGAAAGGAAUGCAGAAUAAUAGUGACAGAAUAAUACAUGAAUCCAAGACCCCUUCCCGCUGCUGUGGGCUCCAGAAUUUCUUUAUAGGAUGCCUGGACAAGGCAGUUGUGGGGAACAAGGCUUCUUUUAGCAUCAUCCGGUUAACACCAGAGUGAUUAGACUGAGUAGAUAUGAUGGAGACAAAUGAGACACAGGUGACUGAGUUUGUUCUCACGGGACUUACAGACCAUCCAGGGCUGCAGGUGCCCCUGUUCCUGGUGUUCCUUGUGAUCUACCUCAUCACCAUGGUGGGCAACCUUGGCCUGAUUGCUCUCAUCUGGAAGGACCCCCACCUUCACACCCCUAUGUACUUAUUCCUCAGUAGUUUAGCCAUGGCUGAUGCGUGUACUUCAUCCUCUGUGACCCCCAAGAUGCUUAUCAACAUUUUAUCUAAGAAUCAUAAGAUAUCCUUGGUUGAGUGCUUCAUCCAGUAUUAUUUUUUUUGUAACAGUGCAACCACAGAAAUUUUUCUCCUGUCAGUGAUGGCCUAUGAUCGCUAUGUAGCAAUAUGCAAUCCCUUGCUUUACCCAGUGGUGAUGUCGAACAGACUCUGCACUUGGCUGAUAAGUAUGUCAUAUGUAAUUGGUUUUCUGCACCCCAUAAUUCAUGUAGGAUUAUUACAUAGAUUGACUUUCUGUAGGUCCAACAUAAUAGACCAUUUCUACUGUGAAAUCUUGCCACUGUUUACAAUUUCUUGCACUGACCCAUCUAUUAAUGCAUUAGUGACUUUUAUAUUUGCCACUUCCAUACAAGAGUUUUCACUUCUGAGUAUCAUAGUCUCUUAUGCCCGUGUCCUCUUUGCCAUCCUGAAAAAGAAGUCUGAGAGGGGAAGAAGCAAAGCCUUCUCUACCUGUGGGGCCCAUCUGCUCUCUGUAUCUUUGUUCUAUGGCACUCUCUUCUUCAUGUAUGUGCGCCCUGGGUCAGGUCCAGAUAAAUAUCAAAAUAAAAUGUAUUCACUGUUCUACACCAUUAUAAUUCCCCUGCUAAAUCCUUUCAUUUAUAGCCUGAGAAACAAGGAAGUUUUAGGUGCACUGAGAAAAGUGAUGAAGAAAUAAAUA